UACAAUAUUUUUACGACAUCUACAAAUAGGGUCGUUAGCAUUUCUGUAAACAAGAUGGCGGACAACGCAAGAAAUUCUUCGAAAUCUAGGGUACAAUCGUCCAAGUCACAGGUUUCAAGCUCUAGCAUAGCACAGAAAGCAGGAAAUGACUCUAAACAUUCAGAUAUAUUGAGCAGAGAAGAGGAAUAUAAGAGAUUAAAUGCAGAACUUGAAGCUAAAACAGCUUUGUUAGUCAAAGAAGCAGAGACAGUUAUGAAAGAGCAGGAAAAUGUUUUAGCCAAGUCACAUCUACUUGACAAUAUCAAUGCUGAAGAGUUUUUGCAAGAACUAGAAGAAGGUUAUUCUGACAAAAGCCAGAGGUCUGUCAGACAGCAGGAAACUGGUUCCAGAGUCUCUUCAAAAACUAACAUCAAUAGUAGACCUACUUCAGGAAAACGGUCAGCAUCAGGUUCCAGUAACAAAAAAAGUAAGCCUCAGCCUCCAUCAGCUGAUGAUGUAGCUGUGCCAGAAGAUACUUUCCUAACCAAACUUCAUCAGGAGUUCUCUGAGCUGUCCUCCAGAUUGGCAGAUGAAGAUGAUGUUGAGAGAGAUGAGGAUGAUGCUGAUGAUACAAUUUUACCACAGGGAGCAAGUGACAUGGGGACUGAGGCCAUGUUGAGGUUUCUAAAGGCAAAGCUGAGAGUCAUGCAAGAGGAAGUUGAUAGACUUGUACAUGAGAAUCAUAAAAAGGAAGAUGAUCUAAAGUUGAUGAGUCAAAGGCUGAAGGAUGUAGAGGAAGAGAGGAAUCGGUUGCUGAGGACCAACACAGCUCAACAACAGCAGAUUGAGAAACACAAAAAGAUGUCAGAGGAGGUGAAAGGGAAAAGUGACAGCCUGGAGACACAAUUAUCUGCUUUGAAAAAGGAAUUAGACCAAAUGAAGAGAAAUCAAAAACAACAACAAUCUUCUCAAUCUGCUACUGAAGUCAGACUCAACAGAGCACUAGAAGAAAUUGAGAAAUACAGAGAGGAACUGAGUAGGGCCAAGAACACAUCAAAGGAUGCCCAUGAUACAGACAAGAAAAGGCUGGAACAAUUGCUGUCUGAGAACAAAAAACUGGAAAAACAGAAGAAUGAGUUGAUGUCUGGCUUUAAGAAACAAAUGAAGUUGAUCGAUGUAUUGAAACGACAGAAAAUGCACAUAGAGGCUGCCAAGAUGUUGCAAUUUACAGAAGAGGAAUUUGUCAGAGCUCUUGAAUGGGGAAGCUAAAGAAGAGUCCAUAUAUUUAUUUAUUAUUUUUUGUUUUAUAUACAAAACUUUACAGUUCAGAAAUUGUUCAUUUGUAAAUAGUCUGUGGAAUAAAAUGUAUCUCUGCAAA